GUCUCCGCUGGUCCAGGAACCAGGCGCCAGCGACGUGGGCUUUUCUUCCCUCCCUCGCUACCUCCACUCUACCACCUGCAACCUUUCGGCCGUCCAUACAAGUGCUCUCCCUCUUCCCACAAUCCAACCAAACUCGACCCAACCACCCUCUUCCUCCCUCCCUCCGCACCCCCCCUCUCCCCCCAGCCCAUCCAUCACAUCCCGCCAACCCGCUCCGUAGAUCCGCUAUACCCGCACCCAUACCAGAACAAUGCCUGCUCAUCCCAAACAAAGAAAAAUCGCCAUCGUGGGCAGCAGAGCUGUCGGUACGUUUUUCCUUUCCAUUCCCGAGGCUCAAUCCGCCCCUGCAUAUGUCCUGUCUCCGCUGUUGGCUAAAGGGGACAUGUGUGGAUGUGUGCGUUAUAGGCAAGUCUUCAUUGACAGUGCAAUUCGUCGAAAACCACUUUGUCGAGUCGUAUUAUCCUACCAUUGAGAAUACCUUCUCGAGGGUUAUCAAGUACAAGGGUCAGGAGUAUGCUACUGAGAUUAUAGAUACCGCUGGCCAGGUAAGAGUUCUGUGACCACUAUUUGCUUUUCCUCCCGUUUUAUUUUCUUUUGUAAAAUAUGCGAAUGGGCAUGUACGUGAGUGACCCUUGACCCUGUCCAUAUGCUGAUGUAAACCCGGAAUGCAGGACGAGUACAGCAUUCUCAACUCUCGCCAUUCCAUCGGGAUCCAUGGGUAUAUGCUCGUCUACUCGGUUGCCUCUCAACAGUCGUUUGAGAUGGUCAAGAUUAUUAGAGACAAAGUUCUUACGCACCUCGUGCGUUAUCCUUAUCCGUAUCCCGCUAUCGCCACGAGAGGUGAUUGGUUACUGAAUGCUGGUUCCGUGUUGUGCUAUAGGGCGCGGACUGGGUCCCCAUCGUCGUGGUCGGAAACAAGUCGGAUCUACACAUCCAGAGGCAGGUCACAGCUGAGGAAGGGAAGGCUUUGACCCAACAGUGGAAUUGUGCCUGGACCGAGGCCUCCGCUAGGCAUAACGAAAAUGUGGCCAAAGCAUUUGAAUUGAUGAUUGCCGAGGUUGAGAAGGCUCAAAACCCUUCGCAGGCCACAAAUGGUGGUAAAUGCAUCAUCAUGUAACCGGUUCGCUUUUAUCCCAUUCUGCCCCGCUUACUAUUUCCCUCGUUUUCCCUUUGUAUUCUUACCUUUCCAUUCAUGUUGGGAAUGCAGCUAACGUUGGGGGGAUCCCUUCAUAGCUGACCUGUCCAUCUUGGUGCGGCUACAGAGCUCUUGUCGUUCCUGUGCUUCUGGUUAUGCUGUUCUUUGGGCAUCGGUGACGCGUUUGCUACUACAUUUUCCCAUCUCUUGGCUUUGGUUAGCGACGGAACUUGGGACUGUGCCGUUGGGUUCAUGCUUUUCCUUUUCUCUCGCUUUUUCUUCUGGCUGGUUUCUUUUGUGCCCCUCUGGUGCUGACUGCCUAAUUAAAUAUGGGGGACUCUUCCUUUCUUUUCUGCUGUUUAUCACUUUUUCACUUUUUCACUUUUUCUUCUUUUUUUCACUUUUUUUUCUUUUCCUUUUCUUCUUUUGAUACGGCAUAACAGUACACGGAUUUUAGAAACUCGAAUAACAGGGGAUAGGGGUUUAGGAGAAUGGGAGUUUACGUGAUGAUGAUGAUGAUGAUGAUGAUGGUGACUAUGUAUAAAUUUGGUUUCUUAUAUGGGUUUUGAUUAUUUUGUAUUUUUCUUUUGGGAUGUUUUAUUCUACUUUUUUUGUAUUUGGUUUUUGUAUGCUUUUUGUGGGGCAUUUCUCCUUUGGCUUUGGUAUUAUACUUUUCACUUUUUUUCCCCCUGCCCUAAUGAAACUGAAGCCAUAUACACCCAUAUCGAAAGGGGGGGGGGGAAGACGAUCUAAUAUCAUACCACG